AUGGCCUCGUGCCUCGUGGCUCCCAGGACCUGCCUGCAGGCAGCCAGGGCCCAGCUGGAGGACCUUGACGCGUACGCCCGCUGGCUCCAUUGUUUGCUUUCGGUAUUCCUGAAGGACAGCGAGCCGACGGCGGGGCUCGGGUACGGCGUGGACUUGCUGGGUGUGGCGAGCUACCAGGGCAGCGUUCCGAAGAUCCAGGACCUGCUCGUGCAUGUGCGGCGGUCCCCGCAUUGCCAUAUGUACUUGUACAUGUUGGGUAGCAACGGCGGGGAGGUCCUUGCCUACGUGAGAAAGUUGCUCUCCGAUCAGUGCCAGAGGGAGCCGUGCGCUGCUCGCGCCGAAGAGAUCCUGGCGAAGGCCGCCGCUCCUGGACCAGAGGCGGUGGAGAAGUUGGUGCAACUGGACGCGGAGCUGACGUCCAUGAGCUACCAGGUUGAGCCCGCCGUCAUUGCGAAUACCAAAUAUAUACUGCACAUGUGCAUCCGGAACAAAGCUAUCGGGGGGGAGCCCGUGGGGAAGGAGGAGACCACCGCGGGCAUCAAUGACCCACUCGCGGCAAUGCAAGGCCUCAAGUAUUUCGAGCACGUGCGCGACCCGGAUUCCGAGAACGAUCGCGUGGCACUUCGCAUGUGGACGAUCGCGAGUGAAUGCCGCUUGCAGUUGCUGCGCCCCGAGUUCAAGACCAACGACGUGGAGGCGUUGGAGGGCGUGGCCAUGAAUAUUGCAUUGACGGCGCCAGUGCGACCAGGAGGCAAUUUGCACGUUCGCUGCUCCAGCCUGGGCUCCCCGAUGGACUUGUUCCUUAAGGCCGCGGAGGUGGGCUCGAAACAGCUGGCGCUUCGCGGGGGGGCGACCCUCGCGCCCAAGUGCGACGACGUGACCCGCACCAUCAAGAGCGACGCCGAGUACUGGAAAUAUUGGAAGGCGGCAUUUGGGCCCGAUAACGACGCGAAGUUCUCCGACGACCACGGCGAUCGCUCCUGCGCCUUCGUCGCCACCCUUCGCGAGGAGCGCGAGGAGAGCAUUGUCCGCGGCCGGGCUCGCGUCGACGAGAUCUCUUCUAUGUUGGUCGCCUCGGGGAAGAGCGACUCCGCCGUCGGCCUGCGCGUCUACUGGCACAUGUCGCUCACUCGCUUCACCUGCGCCUUACUUGCCGUGCAGUUUGGCGGGGUGGCUUUCAGCGGCAGCGAUUGCAUGACAGACAAUGUUGUGGGGUCGUGGAACGGCUUGGCUCGGCAGGUCGUCGACCUCGAGCGCCUGAAAUUCUCCCAGAACCUCGACCCGGGCAUCAUGCAGAUGAAGACCUUGGAGGCGCACGGCUUCCCCGCAGUCCCGGGCGAGCUCGUGCGCUCGGAGCUCGACGUCAUCGAGGGCCGGUGCGCAGACUUGCUGACGGCCGUGGCCAGCCGUGCCUCGACGCAGCUCCAGCGCGAAUUACUUGCCACCAAGUUCGACACAGAGAAGUGCAUUGAUAUUUUCGUUGAUGAGACGUGGGAGGGGUAUGCCUCGGCCUGGGUCAACGUGGCCAAGAAGCAGACGUCCUCCAAGGCCCUGUCCAGCCCUGCUAUUGGCGGCUCCUUCGAGCAGCUGUGCCCCUCCUGCAUCGCCGUCUGCGAGCGCGUCCUCUCUGCGGGGAAGAGGUUCAUCAGCGUCGCUUACACUGUGAGGUUCAUUCUAGCCGUCCUGCCGGCUGAGCCGCGGAACGGCCGCCUGGCCAAGAUCGACGCUGAGCUCGCGAAGGUCAAGGGCGCGGACCCGCCGCGGAGCUUGCAUGAUUAUUUGCGCCGUGAGAAGGGUGAGCUCAGGGCUGCGGAUUCGAAGGAACAUCCGAAGGACAGUUACACCGGGACGGCGUAG